UACAUAGUAGCUUCCAUGUGUUACCUUGGAUGAGCUCCAUAAAACUUCAGUCUUGGGUUCCUGUUUCCACAGAGAAAAGUGAUAGUUACUUCAUAGGCAGGUUAGCAGUGGGCAGAGAAUCUUGAACAACAAUGUCAAUGCUGUGUAAAUGCCCCCAUUUAAAACUUGUCUAAAUAGAAGCUUUUGCAAAGAUUAUGUGUGUUGCUAGAGCAAUGAAAAAGCACUCUCUUUUUCAGUUAAGCGAAGCAUGGCUGUGAUAUAUCCUUCACAAUGCAGGAAGACUGAAUGAAAUGUGAUAAUACAGAAAUUAGAAAGAAAUUCUAGCAUACAACUAUUAAAGCUGCAUAAUCAUUGGACCAAGCGAGAAAAACUUUCAAGCACAAGUCUAAACCCACUCGUUUUCACAAGUGUCUACAUUAUUUUCCUCAAGACGCUCAAGCACACGAUUAAGUGCUUUCCUCAACUGGAAUCAAUACAUAUUAUAGUGAAUUUGUUGCUUUGGUAUAACAGAAUUAGUUUAGAUAGGAUUCAAAUAAUAUUGUAAGACACAAGUAUCAAAGUUUCUGGGCCUCUAAGAUAGUUCCUGAAUAAAAAAAUCUCCCUUAGACUCUGGGAGUCUGGAUCAAUAAAAUUUCAGUGGAAACUCCUUUAUCUGUGAAAGAGAGUUGCAAAUAACCAUUUCCAGCACCCUGAAUCUGGAACCAAGAAACACAAAGAUUGCUGAGACAAUUUAAAUCUCUUUCAUUUUUUUGAUGCUUUACAUACAAAAUAUUUAAUAAAUUUGAGAUUUGACUCAAUUCUUUGAUUUCUAGCCAGUACCUUGGCAACACUUCCAUUCAGUUCAGGGAAAAGCACUGUGUAUUCAGUGCAGAACUGACAAGUUAUUUACAACUGUAGGAACUAGAGCUCAAAACUUUGGAGAAGAUACACCUUCAAUAGCAGAUAAUGCUGCGUAAGUUUAGGCUUCUGUCACCUAAGCUACAUUUGACAGUAAAGAAAAUUUAAUCAGCAUUCGCCUGAUUUUUUUAUUGCUCUGCAAUAAUAUCUAACGUCUUCCAGAUGCAUUCAGGACAGUCUGUUCGUUUCGCACAGUAAUCAAAAUGUGUUUUGACUGGUUUAUUUAGUUUUUUCUGUAAUCGUUUUUCUUAAUGGGAGUAUUUUCCAGAUGUGGUGUCAGUCUAGUCAUCUGGGACCUCAUCCAGCUCAUGUGGAAAGUCUGCUGUCAUAGGCUGUCCCUGGCAGGGGUGGUUAACGUGCAAUCUGAUUAGUUACCCCCGCAGACUUACAAAGCAAUAUAUAAGGCUUCUGAAACAUCACUGAGAGCAGAUAUAUUCUUUAGUAGGAAUGAUGUCGUACCUGAAAGUAAAGAUCAUAUGGAACAUACUUUGUAUAUCCCUGCUGAUGCUUUCACUGUCCUUGAUACAAGAAGUGUCUUCUCAAGAUGUAUCGAGCUGUACAGGGAGAUGUGGGGAAGGGUAUGCUAGAGAGCAUGUCUGCCACUGUGAUUUUAACUGUCAACUCUACAAGGAGUGCUGCCCUGACUUCAACAAAGUCUGCACAGUGGCAGCCUCCUGCAGAGGACGUUGCUUUGAAGCCUUUGAAAGAGGAAGAGAGUGCGACUGUGACAAAGACUGUGAAAGAUAUGGCAAAUGUUGCCCAGACUACGUAAAAGAAUGUAAAGAGGUACACGCAGAAAAGCCAUCACCUGAGACUCCUCCACCAAACAAACCGACACCUAAAAGUUCGUCCCCAGAUGAGGAAAAGAAGCCAGAGGAAGUAACGCAGCCCCAUGAAGUUAUGGAAGAUCAUGGCACUACAGAGGAAAACAAAGUGACCAGUCCUGCUCCACCUACAACAGAGGCACCAACAACAGAGGCAGAGUCUCCCACCACCCCCAAACCUGAAGAAACAACCCCUGAACCAACAGAGGCACCAACAACUGAGGCAGAGCCUCCAACCACCCCCAAACCUGAAGACACAACUCCUGAACCCACAGAGGCACCAACAACCAAGGAAGAGUCUCCCACCACCCCGAAACCUGAAGACACAACCCCUGAACCCACAGAGGCACCAACAACUGAGGCAGAGUCUCCCACGACCCCCAAACCUGAAGAAACAACCCCUGAACCAACAGAGGCACCAACAACCAAGGAAGAGCCUCCAACCACCCCCGAACCUGAAGAAACAACCCCUGAACCAACAGAGGCACCAACAACUGAGGCAGAGUCUCCGACUACCCCGAAACCUGAAGACACAACCCCUGAACCCACAGAGGCACCAACAACUGAGGCAGAGUCUCCCACCACCCCCAAACCUGAAGAAACAACCCCUGAACCCACAGAGGCACCAACAACUGAGGCAGAGUCUCCCACUACCCCCAAACCUGAAGACACAACCCUGGAACCCACCGAGGCACCAACAACCAAGGAAGAGCCUCCCACCACCCCAAAAGCUGAAGACACAACCCCUGAACCAACAGAGGCACCAACAACUGAGGCAGAGCCUCCAACCACCCCCAAACCUGAAGAAACAACCCCUGAACCCACAGAGGCACCAACAACUGAGGCAGAGUCUCCGACUACCCCGAAACCUGAAGACACAACCCCUGAACCCACAGAGGCACCAACAACUGAGGCAGAGUCUCCCACCACCCCGAAACCUGAAGAAACAACCCCUGAACCCACAGAGGCACCAACAACUGAGGCAGAGCCUCCAACCACCCCAGAAGCUGAAGACACAACUCCUGAACCAACAGAGGCACCAACAACUGAGGCAGAGCCUCCAACCACCCCCGAACCUGAAGAAACAACCCCUGAACCCACAGAGGCACCAACAACUGAGGCAGAGUCUCCCACCACACCAAAAGCUGAAGACACAACUCCUGAACCCACAGAGGCUCCAACAACCGAGGCAGAGCCUCCAACUACCCCCGAACCUGAAGAAACAACCCCUGAACCCACAGAGGCACCAACAACUGAGGCAGAGUCUCCCACCACACCAAAAGCUGAAGACACAACUCCUGAACCCACAGAGGCUCCAACAACCGAGGCAGAGCCUCCAACUACCCCCAAACCUGAAGACACAACCCCUGAACCCACAGAGGCACCAACAACUGAGGCAGAGUCUCCCACCACCCCAAAACCUGAAGACACAACCCCUGACCCGACCGAGGCUCCAACAACUGAGGGAGAGUCUCCUACCACCCUGAAACCUGAAGAAACAACCCCUGAACCCACAGAGGCACCGACAUCCGAGGCAGAGUCUCCCACCACCCCGAAACCUGAGGACACAACCCCUGAACCAACAACCGAGGAAGAGCCUCCUACCACCACGAAACCUGAAGACACAACCCCUGAACCAACAGAGGCACCAACAACCGAGGCGGAGUCUCCCACCACGCCAAAAGCUGAAGAAACAACCCCUGAACCAACAGAGGCACCAACAACUGACACAGAACCUCCCACCACCCCAAAAGCUGAAGACACAACUCCUGAACCCACAGGGGCACCAGCAACUGAAGCAGAGCCUCCUACCACCCCCAAACCUGAAGAAACAACCCCUGAACCCACAGAGGAACCAAUGACUGAAGCAGACUCUCCUGCUACUCCGGAAGAGCUCUCUCCUGAAGCCACAGAAGCACCCAUGACUGCGUCUAAGUCUCCCACUAACCCCUCAGAAGAUGAAGAGAAAACUGGUGUGCCCACAGAGGCACCAACAACCCAGGAGAACUCUCCAACCACUCCCAAACCUGAAGAGACAACCCCAGAGGCACCAACGACCAAGGCAGACUCUCCCACCACUCCCAAACCUGAAGAGACAACCUCAGAGGCACCAACGACCAAGGCAGACUCUCCCACUACCCCUAAACCUGAAGAGACAACCCCAGAGGCACCAACAACCAAGGCAGACUCUCCCACCACUCCCAAACCUGAAGAGACAACCCCGGAGGCACCAACGACCAAGGCAGACUCUCCCACCACUCCCAAACCUGAAGAGACAACCCCGGAGGCACCAACGACCAAGGCAGACUCUCCCACUACCCCUAAACCUGAAGAGACAACCCCAGAGGCACCAACAACCAAGGCAGACUCUCCCACCACUCCCAAACCUGAAGAGACAACCCCGGAGGCACCAACGACCAAGGCAGACUCUCCCACUACCCCUAAACCUGAAGAGACAACCCCGGAGGCACCAACGACCAAGGCAGACUCUCCCACUACCCCUAAACCUGAAGAGACAACCCCGGAGGCACCAACAACCAAGGCAGACUCUCCCACCACUCCCAAACCUGAAGAGACAACCCCGGAGGCACCAACGACCAAGGCAGACUCUCCCACCACUUCCAAGCCCGAAGAGGCAACUCCCAAGGCACCAACAACACCCAAACCUGAGGGGACAACCCCUGUAGCCACAGAGUCGCCAACGACCAAAAGAGACAAAACAACAGCUAAACCUGUUACUACUCCUAUAACCCAGGAGCCGACAACUAAACUGGAGACAACCACGGUGAACAAAGCAGCAACAACACCCAAAAGUGAAAAAACUACUGUACUUAAAAACAUUUUAACCACAGCGAGGAGAGACACAACUACUGCAACUACAGUAACAACAGCUAAACCAGAUGACUCUCCUAAGGGUAAGGACAAUGUUCCAAACACAACUCCUCCAGCCGAGAAAGCUGUCACUACAGCGGCUGAACCGGAAGCAACUACUGUGGACAAAAAGACCACAACAACGGCUGCAGAGAGGGCAGCAACCCCAGCUACUCAAGACAAGGCUCCCACUCCAAAAGAGCCUGUAACAGCUGAAAAGGAAGAAAGCCCUGCAACAACGACAGCGGGAACAACAACAGCAGCAGCUACAACUCCCAUGCCCAAACCCACUGUGUCAACAACAACCGCCAAAACAGAGUCAACUCCUAAACCCAGGGUGGCUGUAACAACAACUGAAACGGACGCAACUACAGGAACAAAAGAGACGGUAACAGCACCUAAGGAGAGCACAAGCACUACUUGUGGUGUUGUAGAGCCAACCACAGCUGGGAACAAAGAGUUAAUGACCACCAAGGACACCACUGUCACACGCGAGAAAGAAAUGGAAGAUGCCCCUGAAAAGGCCCCUGGAGCUGACACCAGAGAGGAAAUGACAGUCACCAGAGAGACCACUACCAGAGAUAAAAAAGACACAAUAGAAGAAAUGUUUAUUGUUUCUCGGGGGACAUCCAAGCCAACUAUACAUUUCCAGGAGGUUACUGACACGAGAGAUGAGCCUCAUCCAGCCGACCCUGAAACUCUGCCAGCAAAAGAGGAGCCGGAAAUAAACAACAAGCCUUUAAUAGAAACUGCGGACUUACCCACUCUGACCGGAGAAACACAAGUGAAGGACGAGAAGGACCUGUGCAACGGGAAGCCAGCAGAUGGCAUGGUGGCCCUGCCAAAUGGCACCCUGGCUGUCUUCCGAGGUCAGUACUACUGGCUGCUGAAUGGCAGGAGCCCGCCGACAACCAACCCACGCACCAUCCGGGACGGCUGGGGCAUCCCAGGCCCCAUCAACUCCGUCUUCUCCAGGUGCAACUGCGAUGGGAAGAUCUUCUUCAUCAAGGGUCCCCUGUAUUGGCGUUUCACUGGUGGCGUUAUGGAUAAAGGCUAUCCCAAACCUCUUGCCAAUGGAUUUGCCGGGCUAAGUGGGAAAAUAGUAGCAACUCUCCCUGUGGCGAGAUACAAUACCAGACCGGAAUCUGUUUACUUUAUCAAAAAAGAUGGCAACAUGCAACAAUACGUGUACAGACAAGGCCCAGCCAAGACGUGCCAAAGGAGAACCCAAGUUACCAUAAGAUACCCAGCUUACGUCCCACGGCUUGUAAUAAGGAGACGUCUUCCGCGUGCAGUAAGAAUGCCGAGCGUUAUUCAGACCAUCAGAAUCAACCCAAUUCCAUCCGGAAUUUUGCAUAAGGAAAUCAAAGUGAAUGCCUACUGGAAAGGGCUCCCGAAAGUAAUUCAUUCCACGAUAUCCCUGCCUAACCACAAUAAGCCAGAUGGCUAUGAUUACUACGCCUUCUCUUACAAUCGGUACUACAGUCUGGACAUUGGCAAAAGAAUAGCAAGGCCUGUAACCGCUCUCACAGGGAAGACCGUCUCCAAGGACUGGUACAACUGUCCUAGCAAGUGAUGCACAGCAGGGGUUUUAAAAGAAGAUGCCGUUUGA